AUGCUUGCACUGCCGAGAACUAUACGCAUUGCUAUGCUCAACGCUGACACCCCUGUGCCGAAUGUUGCUGCGAAAAGAGGAAGUUAUGGAAACAUUUUUCAUGACUUACUCGUUGCUGCUGCUUCACGAGUUGCACCGCACAUUACCAUCGAGUCUGAAGAUUUCGAUGUUGUGCGUGGCGAGUAUCCUCGAUCACCCUCCGAUUUCGACAAUAUUCUUGUGACUGGCUCUGCUUCUUCGUCUUAUGAUGAUAAUCAGUGGAUACACAAGCUGGAUGCCUAUCUCCUCGAUGUAUAUCAAAAUUUUCCUCAAGUACGGCUUUUCGGCAGUUGCUUUGGUCAUCAGAUCAUCUGUCAGAGUAUAUUGAGGGAUUGCGGUGCUUAUGUGGCAAAGAAUCCACAAGGAUGGGAAAUUGGUGUACACGAGAUCAAAGUUAGCCCGGCUUACCGAAAGGCUUGCUACGAUCAGCCUUCCCUGCGACUUCAAUUCAUCCACUCCGACAACGUGAACAUUCCAUCCCCUGAAAAUCUACCUAGCUCUUGGAUCACAAUGGGCAGCACCGAUGAAUGCGCUGUACAGGGCGUAUACGAGCCUGGUCGCGUGCUAACUUUCCAAGGCCACUUUGAGUUUGAUCGAUUCAUCAACUCGGAGACUCUGAAGACUUUCGGGGCUAAAUGGAAUGCGGAGAUUCUCCAAAGCGCAUUGGAUAACACGGAUCGGGAAGAUGACUCUGAAGUUGCUGCCGAUAUGGUGGUGAGGUUCAUGGUGGAAGGUCGACAGGCAGUUGAAGGUAUUGGGGGACUGAUGACACCGCCUCUAUGA